AAAUUAUCGUAACUAUUAAGAACCAUGGAAAAAAGGUUGACAGAUAGUUGUUUCCAGCAGCCUGUCUCGUGUCGCCUUUUCUCUUGUAUUAAAUCAUCCACGAGGUUCUCUUUAAUAUCGUACAUAAAAGGUUGCUAUUUCAAGGAGAAGAGGAAAAGGGAAAAGAAACUCCAAAUUGCUGAUCCAUGAUUACAAGAGUCGUGCUUUAAUGAUCAAUUCAAGUUGAGUUUAAUCAAUGAAUUUCAGGUGCUUAGCUCCUUCAAUCAAGUAAAAUUAAACAAUUCACCAGAAAGGAAAAGAGGACAGGUGCUUACCACGUCAUAGCAUUUAGUUAUCAGUUUGCAUGGGAAAUGAUGAAUUUCAGGGUCCAUUAUAAUAGUGAUUCCUGCCUGCAGAAGUUGGGACCAAAAAAUGGAGAAGAAGAUUGCCAUCAUCGGUGCCGGAAUCAGUGGCUUACUUGCAUGCAAACACAUACUGGAGAAGGGUUUUAGCCCUAUUGUGUUUGAAGCAAGGAGUGGCAUAGGUGGAGUCUGGUCUCAAACCAUAGAGUCUACAAAGCUACAAAUACCUAAAAAAAUGUACCAGUUUUCAGAUUUUGCUUGGCCACCUUCAGUUACAGAGACUUUCCCUGAUGACGAACAAGUACUGGAGUACAUUAAAGCCUAUGCUGUUCACUUUAACAUCCUUCCUAGGAUCAGAUUUAACUGCAAAGUGACUUGCAUAGACUAUGUAGUACCAGGUAAUGAGGAUUUCCCAUCUUGGGAUUUGUGGGGUGGCACUGGUUGGCCUUUUUCUCCUACUGGAAGAUGGAAUGUCACUGUACAGGAUGCCAGGGAUCCCACUGCACCAGUUGAGGUUUACCAACUGGAUUUUGUGAUCCUUUGCAUUGGAAAGUACAGUGACCUGCCUAACAUACCAGAUUUUCCCUUGAACAGUGGGCCUGAAGUGUUUAACGGGAAGGUCUUACACUCUAUGGAUUAUGCUGCAAUGGCUAAUGAUUGUGCUGCUGAGUUGGUUACAAACAAACGGGUUACUAUUAUCGGCUUUCAGAAAUCAGCAGUGGACAUAGCAACAGAAGUUGCAGACAGAAAUGGUGUAGAUCACCCAUGCACACUGAUAUUCAGAACUGUCCAUUGGAUAGUUCCUGACUACUUUAUCGCACUCACCUUCAAAAGCUUAAAUCGCUUCACGGAGUUUAUGGUUCACAAGCCUGAUCAAGGAUUUUUCAUUUGGCUCUUAGUCAUUUUGCUUUCACCUCUGCUGUGGAUAUUUUCAAAAUUAGUGGAGGCCUAUCUCAAGAGGAAGCAACCAUUGAAGAAAUACAAUAUGGUCCCAGAACAUGGCUUCCUCAAACAGAUAUCUUCAUGCAUGUUCACAGUGUUGCCGGCCAAUUUUUAUGACAAGGUCGAAGAAGGAAGCCUCGUCCUGAAGAAGUCGCAGAGUUUUAACUUUUGCAAAAAUGGUUUGGUUAUAGAUAGCGAGGAGACCCCUAUAGCAACAGAUAUUGUUAUCUUUGCAACCGGAUACAAAAGUGAUGAAAAGCUCAAGAACAUUUUCAAAUCAAGCUACUUUCAGAAAUGCAUCACUGAGUCACUAGCUCCCUUCUACAGGGAAUGCAUACAUCCCCAGAUCCCACAACUGGCAAUACUUGGAUACGCGGAUAGUCCUGCAUUCUUGUAUACAACAGAAAUGAAAAGCAAGUGGCUAGCCCAUUUUCUUGCUGGAAAAUUUAAGUUACCAACCAUAGGAGAGAUGGAAGCUGAUAUGAAAAAAUGGGAAAAAUGCAUGAAGUAUUAUGCGAAUGAGAGCUACAAAAGAUCAUGCAUUAGCGUGUUGCUGCAAAUCUAUUGCAAUGAUCAGAUCUGUAAGGACAUGGGGUUUAAUCCAAGAAGGAAAAAGUGGCUUCUAGCUGAGCUAUUUGCUCCUUAUUGUCCUGAUGAUUACAAAUACCUAUGUUGGCAGAUGUAGAUGACUGAAACAUCAAAGUUAGUGUACUUUUGACAGACUGAAACAUCAAAGAGGGUUUAAAACCUGAGAAAUUAUAAGAAUUCUUCAAUGUUUUCCCUGAAUUCAAUCCAAGUUCCCUUGUUAGAAAACAGCAAAGGUUACUCAAACAGAACUUAUUAUCCACACCUUAUGAAAACGAAACAAUAUUGUCAAAUCCAAUAAUUGAAAAGCUUUCUUGUCCUUGUAAUUUUGUUACUUAACAAUCUAGAACGCUGCAAUGGCAUCUUUAUGAGUUCAAACAAGAGUAUCAGAUGCUUUUGUUCUCAACAGGUUAUUAAAAAUUAGAAACAGAGUUUUUGAGUGAUCUAAGAAUACAUGUCAAAAGUUUAAGGCAGUGCUUAUUCUGAGGUGAACCUCGUAUUGUAAACUUAUCAACCAGAAUAUUUGCUUACUUGAUCUUUGGACAAGAAAGGCUGCAUUUGUCAUAAAACCUUGUAAAAGACCAAAAGCAAAAGCUUUAUAGUUUGAAGGUGACAGUCUCUCAGAAUAUUAAAGAGUAAAAAAGCUUUCAAGAGUCUUGGAGCAGUGGUGGUUCGGCAAGGAUAGAUAAGUGGUAACUCACAUUGUGAUCCACGCUGCUUCAUUAAUUAAAGAAAAACAUGGUUUUGAGUUUUAAACAGCAAUCUCCAUCAUGCUUGUAAUUUUUUUAUCAGCAAUAGAUUAAAGAAAACCUUCAAGUGGUAAGAUUUAUAGGGAUCAGAUUUUUAAGUAUGCUUAUGCAAUUAAUAGUUUGUAGCUAUUUGUUUUGUCAUAUCUGCUUACAAAAUUUGACUUGCAGGCAUUGUAAGGGUUGGAAAGAGUCAAUGGCAUGAGAAGAAUCUUGGACAUAUCAACUCUUCGUGAUGUAGCGGAUUUGAAGAGUCUGGUAGUUCUGGAUGGAUAUUUUACCCGACUAUCAUGCAGAAAGUCUAGUAAACUCGUUUUUGGAUUUGUAAGAUAGAAUUAAACAGGAAAAAAAAGCAUGAACAACUUGAAAUAAAAAAGUUAAAAUUUCCUAUUUGAUUGUUUAAUUAUACUCAAGUUUUGCUAGAUAAUUCUACAGAUUGUGUUCUAUAGUAGGUCUGAUUGGCCGUAACCUAUUGAGCACUAGAAGAACUUUAAAUUAGGCUUGGAAGGUGUUGUUUGACUAAUUAUGAAUUUUUCCUUCUUUUUUCAAAUUUUCAACUAGAUUUCGAAUUGUCUGUUGUGUUUUCGUAUUUUUUUUCCCCCUUGUAAAGGACUGUCGAUUUCUGGCUGUUUUAAAACUCUUAGAGAAAGAUAGAUAAUUAUUGAGAGCGAAUCAGGUUCUUGUGUAAAAACCUUUUUUGACAACAAUUUUGUCUUUCUUUGCUGGUUGUAUUCUUACAUUUUGUUUUCCGCCUACGUCACUUUGCCACUUCUUUUCGUGGUUUGUUUGGAUUUAUGUAUAAUACUCUCUGAGGUAUAAAACAUGUUGAUGCUACGCUAGAUCCCUCUGCCAACUUGAAAGGAAGCUAAAAACAAGGAAAAUGGAAGUUCAAAUCAUCUCCAAACAAAAUGUAAAGCCAUCUUCUCCAACACCUUCACCCCUAAGAAAUUUCAAGCUGUCCCUUUUGGACCAGCUUGUUACUGUUCCAUAUGCACCAAUUCUCUUGUUCUAUCCUGUGAAUAAAAAGGUAAGUACUGGCGAUCUUGAUGUCCCCAAAAGACUAGAGUUGCUUAAAAAUUCUCUAUCAGAGACCUUAACUCACUUCUAUCCACUUGCUGGAAAGAUCAAAGAUGAGCUUUCCAUUGAUUGCAACGAUGAAGGAGCCUAUUAUGUGGAGACACAAGUAAACUGUCAUCUCAGUGAAUUCCUUAGGCAGCCUGACCUCCUGUUAGCUAAUCAGUUCUUUCCCUGUGAGCUCCUUCCGACGGAAUCAACAGCAGUCACAUACGUUGCUAAUUUUCAAGUAAAUGUUUUCGAAUGUGGUGGUAUUGUUAUUGGCAUGUGCAUAUCUCAUCGGGUCGUAGAUGGUGCUGCAUUGAGCACCUUUCUCAAGGCAUGGUCUGCCACAGCCAAAGGUAGCAAGGAAGCAAUUAUAUAUCCUGAAUUCAUUGCCAGUUCUCUCUUCCCUGCAAAUGAUCUUUGGCUUAGAGACUCGGCGAUUGUUAUGUUUGGUUCCUUGCUCAAAAAGGGCCAGUGCAUGACCAAGAGAUUUGUGUUUGACGCCUCAGCAAUUUCCAACCUCAAGGCCCAAGCAGCAAGCUUAGGAGUGAAAUGCCCCACUUAGGAGUGAAAUGCCCCACUCGCGUCGAGGUGGUCUCUUCUUUCCUAUGGAAGUGCCUUAUGGCUGCCUCAGAAGAAUGGCGAGGAUCCCAAAGGCCUUCUUUACUAACACACUAUGUGAAUCUACGAAGAAAAAUGGAACCGAAGUUGUCGGAUAAUUCCAUGGGAAAUUUUCUGUGGUUAGCAGCUGCAAAAUACAGGAACAAGUCCAAGCCUGGAUUAAAAGACUUGGUUGGUGAGGUGAGGAAAGCAAUAUCAAAAUUUGAUUCUGAUUUUGUUGAGCAUAUAAAAGGUGAUAAAGGCAAUGCUCUAAUGGAUGAAACACUCAAAGGUAUAGGUGCAUUUGGCUCCGGGGAUGGAGUAGACUACCUUGGUUUUUCCAGUUGGUGUAAAUUUGGAUUCUAUGAUAUUGAUUUUGGAUGGGGCAAGCCUGUUUGGGUCAGCAGUUUCGGUUUGUCGUGUUCACCUACCAUGAACCUUGUCUUUUUGGUUGACACAAGGUGUGAUGGCAUAGAAGCUUUUGUGACCUUGGAUGAAAAGGACAUGACUAUUUUAGAAGGCAAUCCAGAGCUCCUCAAAUCUGCAUCUUUGAACCCAAGUCCUUUGGACAUCGAUAAAUCAGUGCCGUGUACAUGAGAGUUGAGUUACUGGCACUGAUGCAGGCAACAAUUUUUCCUAAGCAGUGACACAAUUGUUGCUAGCAUUCUUACUGCAGUUUGAUACGCGACAUGAUUGCUCAGAAAUAAAUCAUCUUAAGCUGCGUUCAAGGCCCUUAUGUCCUCUAUCACUGCAGGUUUUGAAAUGUAAACUCGUAGAAGAAGGCUCUUGUAAUUUCUCCACCACUUUUUUCCUGCUUUCCUGGCUUCUGUUAGCAUUACUUCUGCAUCAUGAGCCAAUUUAUGACAAUAAUUAUUCGAGUUUGAUACGCGACAUUUC